CCAGGUGACUUCUGCGAUGUCAACCACUGUCAGAAUGGGGGCACCUGCCUGACUGGCAUUAAUGAGACCCCUUUCUUCUGCAUCUGCCCUGAAGGCUACGUUGGGAUUGACUGCAACGAGACCGAGAAAGGCCCCUGCCACCCUAAUCCUUGCCACAACAAUGGCGAGUGUCAGUUGGUCCCUAACCGGGGAGAUGUCUUCACUGAAUACAUGUGCAAGUGCCCUGUGGGGUACGACGGGGUGCACUGCCAGAACAACAAGAACGAGUGCUACUCCCAGCCCUGCAAAAAUGGAGGCACCUGCCUAGACCUGGAUGGCGACUACACCUGCAAAUGCCCUUCUCCGUUCUUGGGGAAGACCUGCCACGUCCGCUGUGCUGUUCUCCUGGGCAUGGAAGGGAGGGCCAUCUCUGAUGCUCAGCUCUCAGCCUCCUCUGUCCACUAUGGCUUCCUUGGCCUGCAGCGCUGGGGGCCAGAGCUUGCCCGCCUCAAUAACCAUGGCAUCGUCAACGCUUGGACCUCCAGCAAUUACGACAAGAAUCCAUGGAUCCAGGCCAACCUGCUGAGGAAGAUGAGGCUGAGUGGGAUCAUCACACAAGGUGCUCGCCGCGUGGGCCAGGCAGAAUACGUCCGCGCCUUCAAAGUGGCCUACAGCCUGGAUGGACGGGAGUUCACUUUCUACAAGGAUGAGAAGCAGGACAUGGACAAGGUUUUCCCGGGGAACGUGGAUUAUGGCACUAUGCAGACCAACAUGUUCAACCCUCCCAUCACAGCCCAAUUCAUCCGCAUCUACCCCGUGAUGUGCCGCCGGGCCUGCACGCUCCGCUUUGAGCUUAUCGGCUGUGAGAUGAACGUGUAUUUCAACACGGCAGGUUGCUCGGAGCCUCUGGGCAUGAAAUCCCGCCUGAUCUCUGACCAGCAGAUCACGGCCUCCAGCGUCUUCAAGACCUGGGGCAUUGACGCCUUUACCUGGCACCCCCACUACGCUCGCCUGGACAAGACGGGCAAAACCAACGCCUGGACGGCGCUCAACAACGGCCCGUCUGAGUGGCUGCAGGGGGGGCCCCGGGGCCCCGGGGGCUUUCCCCGGCGGUGGGGAGGGCGUAUGAGAAGCCAGACGUGUCCCUCGCUGCCUCUGUGA